UCUCAAUGGGGCUGCAGGCCUGGCUGAGGACGCUGUGCUGCUGCUGCCUAGGAGACCCGGACUUGCCCGAGAAGGAGCCCCUGCUCAGUGGCGGCAAUCCGUAUUCCUCUUUUGGAGCAACUCUAGUGAGAGAUGAUGAGAAGAAUUUAUGGAGUAUACCUCAUGAUGUAUCCCAUACAGAAGCAGAUGAUGAUAGGAUACUGUAUAAUUUGAUUGUCAUUCGAAAUCAACAGCCCAAAGAUUCAGAGGAAUGGCAAAAACUCAACUAUGAUAUCUACACCUUACGGAGAACUCGAAGGGAAGUGAGAAACCGAUGGAAAGGCAUUUUGGAAGAUUUAGGCUUUCAGAAGGAAGCAGAUUCUUUGUUAUCAGUGACUAAACUCAGCACCAUCAGUGACUCUCAGAACACCAGGAAAGCCCGGGAGAUAUUGUUAAAACUUGCUGAAGAGACAAAUAUUUUCCCAACAAACUGGGAGCUCUCAGAGAGGUACCUCUUUGUGGUGGACCGUCUCAUCACUCUAGAUGCUGCAGAAGAGUUUUUUAAAAUGGCCAGCCUCACUUACCCUAAAAAGCCAGGACUGACCUACUUGGCCGAUGGCCAGAAAGAACUGCCCUACCUUCCAUUUCCAAGCCCCUAAAGAAAUGGACCUGGGACAGAACUUGAAUUUUGCCCUGGGGACUCAGGGCAACUAGCCAAAGCACCAUGGAUUUUCUUUGGAGAAUUGCAAGCAGGAAGGAGAUAAGGGAAGAGAAGAAGAAAGACAUCUGUGUCGUGAUUAGAAAACAUGGCUAUGUGCAGAAGGAUGCAGAACCCUGCCCAGCUCCAAGGAAAGAAUAAACUAGGAGAUGAUAACAGUCAAGACCUUAGUCCUUAGUUAGGAGGACUCACUGUGUGUAUUUAUGGCAUCAGGGAAACUCCAUGGCCUCAGAUCUUUCUUGGAGAACUUUAAAGUCUGCUGACUCUCAUGAUAGGAAAAUUCAGUCAUUCAAUAGACUCAGAAGAAAUUUACUGAGUGCCUCCUGUGUGCUAAGCACAGUCUUAGGUGCUGGUUGUGACAAAGAUGAGUAAGGCAUGAGUCCUGCCCUGCCCUCAAAAAGCUUACAUAUAAGUAGUUUGAGAUGGGGCAGUAGAGGGGUGGCAGGGCAGGGAAGAGAAAGAUCAGGUAAAUGGAUCUUGGGCAAUAGGAAGCUGCUGGUUAUUCCAUAUCAGGAUGAUCUACUUUCAAAUAGUGUACAAUAAAGUCUG